AAGAGGGUGUGAAAGCAGCGUUGUUUUGUUACAACUUACAAUGAACGGAGCUGUUAGAACUGUGGUUAAGGUUUCCGGCGACAACAAAACAUCGCCGUCUCUUAAUGUCGGCGGCCAAGUAACACCUUCUUACGAUUCAUCCUAUGUUCUGGCUACCAGACAUUCCAGACAAGUUGUGUCUUACUGGACAUGCUCCAAGCUUUGUGCAAUUUGCUUUGUUGGUGGAGUUGUUUUUGGUUACACUCUCAGAGGUCGUGUUAAGCGUUGGGCUUCCAAAAUUCUCAAGAAGCUUACCUAAAAGGCUAAAACUAAGUUUGUAUUUCACUUUUUGAUUAUGGUUCUGAUUACAGUUACUGAUUUGGUUAGGGUUUAGUUUCAUACGAAUUUUAACUAGAGAAAAAAAUAUCAAUUUUGCUUAAUUCUUAGAUGCUUAUCGAUUAUGAUUGUUGCUUGAUAGUUAAUAUUGAAUUCGAAAUGUGUAGUUAAACAACCAGUUAUGAUUUGCAAAUUGCAACCACUUCAUUUUUUUGGCAGCAGAUGGCACAAGUUUUAUCAUAGGACAUGAAUGUUGAUUGUGUGAAUUGUUACUUAUAUGUGAUCAUGGUGUUCUUAGUCA